GAGGGGCAGCUCUUGCUCCUUGACCCUCCGCACUGGAUGAAAAGGCCCGAAAAGCUGCGGGUGGCCGCUCUCUAUGCACCUCUGAGGGCCUUUCUGGCGCGCACGAAGCCGAUGCAUCCUGUGGACAAAGUAGUUGCGUAUGAGCGGGUUGUCGGAACGACAUCCACUGGAAGGUUGUUGGAGAAGGCGCAGUUCAAGCGUUUGCUCGAAUUGGCGUCCGAAGCUUUGCGGGCUGUGGGGAAAGCUUCUGACAGCAUCGUGGUGUACAGCGGCAAGCAAAGGAAUAGCCUGGAGAUGAUGAGCUUCGAACAGCAAUAUCGAUUGUUCAACUCAGCCUACCUGUUGUUCGGGCCUCACGGUGCUGGCAUGGCAAACAGCCUCUGGAUGCAAACUGCAGAUUGCGUGCAACGGCCCGCCGUGAUCGAGUUCAUCUGCUCGACAGAUACCAGCAACGUGCGAGGAUGCUACGUGUAUCAAGGCACGCAGAAGCUCAUCCGCCCUCAGUCAUUCUGGCGACUUUUCGGUGGCGCAUACUGGGUCCGCUAUUACCACGUGUGGAUGUUGCGCCUCAACGAUCGUAACGGCGAUGUGGCCUCAGUGGAUGAAGACGGUUUCAACAUGAGCUU